AUGCUCGUUCUCGAAGAGCAGCGCUAUAUCCAUGAGGAUCUAGAGCGUCUGGAACAAGGUAUCGCUGAUCGCAUUCGCGAUGAGCCCAGACACAUCCGUGAUCGCCUCAACAGAGAUCAUGAGAUUUCCCAAUUAUUAGACCAGAUCCAGGUUCAAUCAAAAAACCUCCUCGACAUCUACAAAGACGAAAAUGGUGUCCGAUCGCAAGAGAUUCAGCAGAUCGGUACAGGAGACCCAUUCGCGGAGUUCUACAAGCAGCUCAAAGGUGUUCGUGAACACCACGAGAGAUAUCCCUACGAGCAAGCAGAAAACUCGGAGCAGCGAUAUCAGAUCAAGAGAUCAGAUGGAGAGCCGCUACCAUCUAUUGUCGACACGCUAUUCUCUGGAGAGGAAGCUUAUGGACGAUUUUUCGAUCUUAACAUCUGCCACGAGGCCUACCUCAAUCUUCCCAACGUUCGACGACUGACAUAUCUGCAAUACCUCGAGAACUUCGACAACUUUGCCCCAGGACAUGGCGGAGUCACGCGAGCGAACAAAUUGACGGAUCAGUACUUCAAGUACGUUGGACAACUAGCAGAGUACCUCGAGAGCUUCAUGCGACGUACACGACCGCUGGAAAACGUGGACAAGGUGCUUGCAUCCUUCGAUCAAGAGUUUGAGACGGCAUGGGACAAGGAUGAGAUUCAGGGCUGGGAGAAGAGCUCACAUUCAACCAACGCCACUGCAAAGGAGACCAGCACAGCAGAAGCUGUAUGGUGCGAGGACUGUCAAAAGGAGUUCAAGAACGAAAAUGUCUACAAGAACCAUCUCACAGGGCGAAAACACAUCAAGGCUGCCGAGCAGCGAAAACAACGACAGGAGCAAGACUCGCCAACCAACGGCGCAAACGGAACCGUCUCAGCGACACGACUAAAAGAGCGCGCCGUCGCAGAGCGAGAGUACAGAGUCAAGCGCCUAGCCAGCGCCAUGAGCACCGAGCGAAGCGACACCAGAGUCAACGUCGAGCGCAAGCAAGGCAUGACAGAACGUGAGCGCGCCCAAGAACUCGAGAACCUCUUCAACGCCGAGGACACACCUCAAGAAGCUCAAGACGACGGCGAGGGCGAAGAUGAAGACGGCGAAGAGCGAAUCUACAACCCCCUCAAACUACCCCUCGCAUGGGACGGCAAGCCAAUUCCCUUCUGGCUGUACCGUCUUCACGGUCUGGGUGUCGAAUUCCCCUGCGAGAUCUGCGGAAACUUUGUCUACAUGGGUCGACGAGCCUUCGACAAGCACUUUAAUGAAGCGCGACAUAUUUAUGGUCUUAAGUGUCUGGGCAUCACCAAUACGACGUUGUUCCGCGAUAUUACCCGUAUUGAGGAGGCGCUGCAGCUGUGGGAGAAGAUUCAGAAGGAGAAGAAGCGCACAAAGGUUGAUGAGGGAAGUGUAGUCCAGAUGGAGGAUGGGGAGGGCAAUGUCAUGCCGGAGAAGGUUUAUUUGGAUUUGCAGAAGCAGGGACUGCUAUAGAUGUAUUUGUAUUUGUAUUGUAUGGUGAAAUCAGAGACAGGAGUCUCGCCCAUAAUUCAUUGAAUUUAACGCGAUCAUGAUGGGUG